CGAAAGAUAUUAUUAUCCUCAUCAUCAUCUGAACGAGCUCUAAAGGAUUCUUUCCUUUAUCCGAGCAAAUUCACGCGCCACUCUUCUAACACUAUCCUCGAUGUAUAGCUCGAUGACAAGUCCAGUGGCUGGAGCCUUCGUGCAACUUCACAAUUAUUUACCGUUAAGUUUACGUUCGAGGCAGCCACCGGGAGGAGUAUGUUUAGUCUUGUGGCCGCCUUCGCCGUCUCGCAGGACUCCACGUCUCGUCUGUAUGGCUGAACCAUACAUGAUUACGAAAAUGGAGUCUGUUGAGAAGACAUGGAAAGAGUUAUCUGUGAAACUAGCUGACCCAGAUGUUGUUUCUAAUCCUUCUGAAUACCAGAAACUAGCACAGUCCAUGUCCGAGCUUGACGAGGUUGUGUCCGUUUUCAGGAGAUUCAAGGACUGUGCGAAGCAGUUACAAGAAUCCAAAGUUUUGGCCAAAGAGGCUGGAGACGAUGAAGAUAUGGCUGAAAUGAUAGGAUCUGAAAUUAACUCCCUCUCUAAAGAAAUCGAGGAGCUUGAAAAACAACUUAAGAUGUUACUUCUUCCCACCAAUCCUCUUGAUGCCAGAAACAUAUUGCUCGAAGUCAGAGCAGGAACUGGUGGAGAUGAAGCUGCUAUUUGGACUGGUGACCUUGUUCGAAUGUAUCAGAGGUACAGCGAACGCAGCUCUUGGAAGUUUUCUCUUGUUUCAUGCUCUGAGGCUGAACAUGGAGGUUACAAGACGUGUGUGAUGGAGAUUAAAGGAAACCGUGUCUAUAGCAAGCUCAAGUACGAAUCUGGUGUUCAUCGAGUCCAGCGUGUCCCUCAAACAGAGACGCAGGGCCGUGUACACACUUCUACAGCAACUGUUGCCAUCAUGCCAGAGGCUGAUGAAGUAGAAGUUGUGAUUGACCCCAAGGACAUUGAACUUACAACUGCAAGAUCUGGUGGCGCUGGAGGGCAAAAUGUGAACAAGGUGGAGACAGCUAUAGAUCUAGUCCAUAAACCAUCAGGUAUACGCAUUUUCUGUACAGAAGAAAGGACUCAGCUACGGAACAAGGCUCGUGCUUUCCAGCUUCUUCGAGCAAAACUGUAUGAAAUCAAAUUAAGGGAACAACAAGAGAAGAUAAGAGAUCAAAGAAAAUCUCAGGUUGGGACUGGAGCUCGUUCAGAAAAGAUAAGAACAUAUAAUUAUAAGGAUAGUAGAGUGACAGAUCAUAGGCUAAAGAUGAACUUUCCGCUUACAUCAUUUCUUGAAGGUGGCCUGGAGGAUGCAGUGCAGGCUUGUGCUGCUUUGGAACAAAAGGAACUCAUGGAAGAACUGUCCGAGUCUGUAGCUGCUUCUUGAAUAAAGCCUCAGAACUAUAAUAAUCAAAUGAAAAUCUUUGGACAGACAUCAUAACAACACUAUAGAAAAACGCAUAAACUUGAACCUCGUUAUCUAUCUUUAUAUAUAAAGUAGGGUUUCUCUCCCUCUUAAGCAUGCCACGUCAGAUUCCACGUCACAAAUUCCGGUGAUAUGGUGACGACACGUGGCAUACUCAUUUACAAAUCGAAAGCUUUUGUGUUUUGUUUCUGGGCUUUCCCGAAUAUUAGAUUAUAGACAAUGAGUUAAUUGUAUUUGGCCCAAAAUCCAGAUAAGAUAGACCCAUACACUUUAAUCUUCUUCCGACACAAUUUUAGGGUUCGCAGACUAAGACUCGGAUUCUGUCUGCCAACAAUGGCGGUUUUGAGAUUGCACAAGAUUCGAUGAUUCGUUGUUAAUCCUCAUGUGGAUUCCGGUGGCGGCGGUAGAGGAAAUCAAGGCGGUGGUGGUUAUCAAGGAGGUGAUCGCGGUGUAAGAGUAAGUGGCGGCGGUGGCUGGAGAGGUGGUGGUGGCAGAGAUGGUGGCGGGAGAGAUGGUGAUUAGCGUUGCCCUAACCCAAGUUGUGGGAACAUGAACUUUGCAAGGAGAGUUGAAUGUAACAAGUGUGGGGGCACCUACUCCUUCUGGCACUGGUGGCCGAGGUGCCAGCGAUCGUGGUGGUGGUCGUGAUAGUAGUCGUGAUAGUGGUAGGAGCAGCUAUGAGAGUAGUAGAUAUGAUGGUGGCAGUAGGAGCGGUGGUGGUGGUGGUGGCUCUUAUGGUAGUGAUAGUAGGGGUAAUGGUUCUUAUGGUCAGGGUUCUCCACCUCCUUUGGCGGCUAUUCCAUCCUAUGAUGGUUCUGGCAGUUACCCUCCACCCAUGGGGUAUGGAAUGGAAGCAGUUCCCCUGCCUUCAAGCUAUGCUGGUGGUCCCCCUUCUUAUGGUGGUCCCACAGGGGGUUAUGGCGGUGAUGCACCGAGCACUGGUGGUCGGGGUGGUAGCUACGAUGGUGAUAGUGCUCCUCGACGCCAGGAACCUAGCUAUGGAGAUGCACCUGCUGAAAAAGUCAAGCAGUGCGACGAGAAUUGUGAUAAUGCCAGAAUAUAUAUCAAUAAUUUACCUCCAGAUGUGACAACCGAUGAACUCAAGGAUCUCUUUGGACGCGUUGGUCAACUAAUUUCACUGGUUGGAAGAAUCAAGCAGAAGCGGGGUUACAGAGAUCAGCGGCCCUAUAAGAUUAAGAUUUACACUGUUGAGAAGGGAAAGAACAAAGGUGACGCCUGCCUAGCUUAUGAACAAAGCACACUCGGCAGGCGGCUUUUUCAACAGUAUGACAUUCACAUAAAUGCUUUCAUCA